AUGAAGGCGUCCAUGAUGCUCUCCCUCAUUGGCUACCUGGUGGUUCCAAGUGAUACUUACAUCCUGGGGCGCUGCACAGUGGCCAAGAAGCUGUACGACGGAGGCCUGAGUUAUUUUGAAGGCUACAGCCUUGAAAACUGGGUGUGCCUGGCUUAUUUUGAGAGCAAGUUCAAUCCCUCUGCUGUCUACGAGAACAUGCAGCGUGGCUACACUGGCUACGGCCUCUUUCAGAUUCGUGACAGUGACUGGUGCGAUCAUGGCAUGAACCUCUGCGCUGUGUCCUGCUCUGCUUUACUGAACCCGGAUUUAAAGGAGACAAUUGAAUGUGUCAAGAAAAUUGUAAAACAAAAAGAAGGGAUGAGAGCAUGGCCCACCUGGUCCCAGAACUGCCAGCUGUCUGACUCGCUGGCUCGUUGGCUGGAUGGCUGCAAGCUGUAG